GAGCUUCAUUUUUGGUUCGGCAUUCCACUCUUGGUCGAGCUCGCCGUUGGACGCCGUCCUCCGUUGUCAGCCCUGCGCUGUUGUUCUGCGACUAGUAUUGAAGAAGUGGCUUGGAGGAGUUGCCUGAAUCAAUUGGCUUGCUAAGGCAUCUUCGUUAGAGUAUCUGGAACGAAAACUAAAAGUGAAAGCAAUAUGCUGAGAAGGAGACUAUGUAUUCUCUCAACAAUUAUUGGAAAUUCAAUUGCUAGCAAAUCUCUUCACAGUCAUGCAUGCCCACCUGUUCAAUUUCAUCUGCUGAAACAUCCACAAUCGCUUGACUCUCGUGCAACCUUUAACCAUAAUGGGUUCAUGUAUUCUCAUAGUCUUAGAGCUUACAGUCUUCUGAGCUUGAAUGAUCUGAGAGAUAACGUGCCAAGAAAACAGAAAACCAGAAAGGGUCGAGGGAUUGGAUCUGGGAAGGGCAAGACUGCUGGGAGAGGUCACAAGGGCCAGAAGGCCAGAGGGCAUGGGAAAUUGGGUUUUGAAGGAGGUCAGACUCCACUUCGACGAAGGUUGCCAAAACGUGGAUUCAAGAAUCCAUUUAGCCUCACUUUUCAGCCCGUGGGUUUAGGUAAAAUUGCCAAGCUUAUAAACGCAGGGAAGAUAGAUUCGUCUGAACUGAUUACAAUGAAAACCCUCAAGGAUACAGGGGCAAUUGGAAAGCAGAUAAAAGAUGGAGUAAGAUUGAUGGGACGUGGUGCUGAGCAGAUCAAGUGGCCAAUUCAUCUGGAGGUGUCAAGGGUCACUGUAAGAGCCAAGGAAGCAGUUGAAGCAGCCGGUGGGUCUGUGAGAAGGGUAUAUUACAAUAAGCUGGGCCUGCGGGCACUUCUGAAGCCAGAGUGGUUUGAGAAGAAGGGAAGAUUGUUGCCAAAAGCAGCUAGACCUCCUCCCAAACAAAGAGAGAAAGUUGACAGCAUUGGUCGACUUCCUGCUCCAACUAAGCCAAUUCCAUUUUCGGUUGAAGAAAAGGAAGCACCUUUGACUUCAUAAGGCGCAGUUGUUGGUUACUCAGAUAAUUAGAGCUUAGUUUUUACUUGUAAUAUUUCAGCUGUGGUUGGAACUCACUUUGUUAAAUGUCUAGGGAAGGAAAAACAGCAAGAACUAGGCGGAGGUUUCAUUUUUAUUGGGGUCCUUUGCCCUUUGAAUUCAGAUCGAACUUCUGUCAUUUCUUUUUUAUUUUUGGUUCUUUUGGCAUUGAUUAUGCAAAUAUUAGCUUCCUAGAUGAACUGACCAGCUCAGAAAUCAUCUGGAAAAGCACUCGAAUGGAUCAGAGGAGAAAAACAGGAUUUUGGUCAUGAAAUAUUGUAAUUGGUAUCAAUUUUCACGGAUCAUCGCAUAUUCAAGAGCCCAUUUAAUUCUGUCUGAUCUCAACACGUUUGCAUUUGUCAACGAAUAUAUUCCUUAAUAAAAUUUUGGAAGAGGCUUGGGGA